AUGAGCACAAAGGCUGAGAGUCCAGGCAGGCGGCGGAGAGUGUUAAGAGGGAUAUUGGGGAUGGGUGCAGGGGCGACGGAUAAGGUGACGGAGUUGGAAACCUAUCUAAGGAGCAGCCUGUAUAAGAAAAGAGAAGAAAUGAAGACUCAGAUCAAAACUUAUAUUACAAAGCAAAUUCAAGCCAUAGUAGACGCGGCGGGAAAGGCGACGUCUAGCAACGGCGUCGAUGUAUCCGGUGGGCAAGCGGCUCUACAGGGUGUUGCUGAGUUGGGUGGCAAUUUUAAAAUCGACGAACAAAAUGUACUCGUAAAGGCUCUUUUCACCGACCUUGGCGGCAAGGUGGAUGAAGGGUUGCCGAAUGGAGGAAGAGGACCAUCGGAACAAAUAAACUUAAUGGAUACACUUGGGGAAUAUAGAGAUAAAAAGCAGACGCUUACCGGUGCAAUCACGACUAUAGGAUCUAACGUGACUCAAAACCUUGACGGAACUUGUAGUGAGAACAGCGGAAUAAUUGGUGACAAGAAUACCUUCCAACAACCCUUCUCCCAAAUCAAAGAACAACUCACAGCGAUCGCCGGCCUGGUCGACAGCGACCAAACAAAGCCGGACCCACCUACCAAAAAAACAGGCGUCAAAAACUACCUGACUGAUCUUGAGAAGAUGCUUACCGAGCAACCAAAUUAUCCCCUUACCACCCAGCUAGAUAAAACGUACACCGUCCAAGGCCUCGCGCUGAUCAAGACGGAUAUUGAGGCGCUGCAAAAGGACACUGUUCCCCAGCUGACCAGCAACCUAAAUUACCUGUGCAACUCCAUUAAACGUAUUGCCAACGAAAUCGUAGGGAAUUUGGAAGUGCUGAAAAAUGAAAAAAUUGGCGAUGAGCUUAACAAAAUUUAUGAUGAUCUCAGCAAGCUUCAUACCUGCAUCCAGACUGACGUCAUCACCUUGGCAGAUAAGUUCAUCGACAAAGAAGCCGACACACAAUGCCGUCUGACGAUCUCGCUGCUUCACACCUGCGUAGACGGACAGGUGGACUCCGCUAUCUGCGAACUCACAGCGCAGUCCCAGAAGAAUUACGUGUCCUCUGUACAGAGCCUGUUGAUAGCCUUCGCCGAGAAGGUUCAGGGGGAGUUACAACAUUUACCGACUGAGCUUGAAAGGGACCUGGAGACAGGCCACAAAGGAUUCAUGGCGAACUUGGAGAAGUAUUUCGUUAAGAAAGUUACAGGACUUCGAGACUUGUCUCCGACGUCCCCUCCAAUAACCACAUCCAAGGGCAGGAAAAUGUAUCCACUCGGUCAGGCCGUCAUGAAAUUGAGCACUGCAUUUAGGUCAUUCUACAGCAACCUGAAAUCGCAAGAGGAUUUCACUGCCGACUCCGGGCGUCUGCAAGAUCCGAAUGACGCCCUGCUCAAUUUGCUUAACAAACUCGUCACUUCGCAGCACUUCAACCAGACAUUUAGAGAUAAUGUAGAGUCACUCGAAAAAACAUUCACUACAUUUAGUCCUCAAAUAUAUGGCGAAGCAGAGAGCCCUUUGCUACUCAACGCUUUAAAGAAUGGUUUCACAUCCCUUGUCUCCGAACUCCAGAAAGCGUACGUCUCCACAUACUCCCAGCAGAAAAUUAGGUGGGAUAACAUCGAUGACACUGAGAGAGAAAAGUACGCUAAAAUCGCCUUGACACUUACGCCCACCGUAUAUGAAGCAUUAACACAGCUCAAGGAAGGGCUUGAGAAACACGAUGAGCUGUGGACAACUUAUAGCAUUUAUAAUUCCUCGAACACUGCUAAUGCCUUACAUAAAUUAUUCUUCCGUGAAAACGGUUACGAUAGUAAGCUUCCUGUAAACGUCGCGGCCGGCGAAUUAAAUCACAAAAAAGGUUUCACUGGUAAUAAUAUUCUUACACUUCUUGAUAGUGAUACAUGUGAAUUGUUUGAGAGUAGCAAACAGCCGCUUGACGACGACACUCUGAAUGUCGACUUGGUAGAAGUUGGUGUUCUCCAAAAACUAUUUGAUCACCUUCAUAAAUACUUCGACGUCCGUCACUUACAUCACAUCGACAAACCUAGGUCACCGUGUAGCAUCUAUGACAUGUCCCUAUGGCUGUCCGGCCUCCCGCAUAACCCUGUUUAUGAAAAACUUAAGCAGCAGAUUAAGACGAUGUUCGAAGUGCCAAGUGAGACAGAUCCUUCUCAGAAAAUCGUGAAGCCUAUGAACGCCCAUCCACAACAGUUUACACAUGAUGAAAUACAUUCUGCACUUAAAGAAGUUACAGCAAACGCGUACUCACUGCUGACUGGCGUCGUCGGGCAUGGCGAUGCAGCAACGUUUUAUGCGUGCGAGUUCCCUACCAACUCCCUCAGCCUGAAAUAUCCCAGUUCCGGCGCGGAGUGUCUUGAUAUGCUGCUUGAUAUCCUUCGACGGAUUGUAGCCUACGUGAUAAGCACGGCGGCUGGCGUGACUGCUACUACGGCAAAGAUAUCAAGUCAACCAAAUGGUCCUGCAAAGACCAUGUUACCGACAAAGCUACGUGCCAACCAAAGUGCCAGGCAAACACCAAAGCAAGCUGCCGACCAACGUCUCCACUUAUGA